AUGGAUGAUACUGAUGCAGACAAAUCGGUGAUUGUGCCGCUCGAAUUCACUGCUGACGACCAUGAUGAGAUCUCGGACAUCGUUGACCAGAUGCAGGAGCUGGGCGUCAGUCGAACUGUCGACAUAACACAAGUCGUCGUUCACAGCAACCGAAACUCCGGGCAAAGCUCAACAUUCAUAACAUCGCGGAGCAAAGAUAUACUCGACGAACUCCUUUAA